GAGGCCACAGGAUGUGGAUUUAGAUUGUCUCCCUUUGCAGAAAAUUGCAACUUGUCAAAUUUUAAUUGAAAAAUAAUGAAACAUUAACAGCAGAGAUGGAUAAGGAGACUUUAUACGAAAGUCUCACAGUCUGGUUGGAGACGUUCAACCUUGACUCGCCACAUCAAUCUCCAGAACAACUCAGUGAUGGCAUUGCCAUGGCAAAAGUUCUUCAUCAAAUUGCACCAGAUUAUUUCAAUGAAAAUUGGUUGAAUAGAAUUAAGACAGAAGAUGUGACCAACUGGCGACUGAAGGUCAGCAACCUGAAGAAAAUACUCAAAGGAAUUCUCGAAUACAAUCUUGAGGUGUUGGGUAUACAGAUACAUGAUUUCCAGAUGCCAGAUGUCAACGCAAUAGGAGAGCACAGUGACCACGGUGAGUUGGGUAGACUACUACAGUUGAUUCUAGGAUGUGCGGUGAACUGCACGGAGAAACAGGAGUAUAUCCAGCGGAUCAUGGCGAUGGAGGAAUCCGUACAACAUGUUGUCAUGACUGCUAUACAAGAGCUGAUGACCAAAGAAAUCACUACAGACAUGGACUCUGAAGUAGGAGAACAGUUAAAGAGAACAGUAGAAGAGUUAAACAGUGCCAUUGAAGCAAAAGAGGAACUGAUGCAGCGUUGCCAUGAACUUGAUUUACAGGUUACAGCCUUAGUUGAAGAGAAACAGAACCUAUCAGUAGAGAAUGAGAAGUUAUCUGAACGGCUCAAUCAGGCAGAAAAUCUUGAUGAUCCAAGUACACCUGCAGGGAAGAGAUUUCAGAUGAUCCAGCAUCAGCUAGAGCAAUGCCAAGAGGAAAAUUAUAAACUUGAAUCUACCAAAGAUGAUUUUCGAAUAAAAGUGGAUGUUUUGCAGAAAGAAAUUAAUGAGCUAAUAGACAAGAAUUCUGAAUUGUUGACCCAGGCAGAUGAAAAUAGGGGACUGAAAGAUGAAUUGGAUGACCUCAGGCAGGCAGCUGAACAAGUGGUGAAAUACGAGGUUCAGAUUGAGUCCUACAAGAAAAAAAUGGAUGAGCUGAGUGAUUUAAGAGGACAGGUGAAACUGCUCGAAGACAAGAAUACCAAAUACAUGCAGGAAAAUCUAGAACUGCAGGAGGAUGUAAGAAAAUCUGGUGCAGUGAAACAGCAGUUGGAUGUUUAUAAACGUCAGGUGCACGAGUUACAGAGCAAGCUGACGGAGGAGACUAAAAGAGCAGACAAGGCAGAUUUUGAGAAUAAACGAAUGAAUGAGAAGGUCAUGACCUUGAUGAGGGAAAAAGAGAGGGUUAUGAUAGAACGGGACUCACUGCGAGAACUGAAUGAGGAACUCCGUUGUAGACCUGUGGAACAUAGAAUUGUAACAGAGCGUGACUCGUUGCGUGAAGUAAAUGAGGAACUGAAGUGUACACAGUCGCAGCAUGUUGGUGCAGGAGGGGGAGAUGACCUGUCUACAACAUCACAGAUGGAAAUGCUUUCCUUGCCUCCUGAAGUGAAAGAAAAGAUAUUGAGGUUGGAGCAUGAAAACAAAAUGUUAAAGCUGAAGAGUUCAGGAGACAGUGACGAGCAGAGUCAGGUCUUACAGACCAUGUUAGAUGAUGCUAACAGUAGAAAAAAUGAACUGGAAACUGAGAUUAGAUUAGCAAAUCAGAAGAACAUGGAGCUUGAGGCGCAGAUCGAAGAUUUACAGGAAAUGGCCAAGUCUACCGUCUCAAAUAGUGAAAUGGUUGAACUUAGAAAAAAAUUAGACGAGCAAGUUCUGUUGACUCAGCAGAAAGACAAACUUAUUCAAAAGGAGCGUGAUAGUGUAUUAGAAGUGCAAAAAGAGUUGACUGCUCAAACUGAAGAAGUUGAAAAAUUACGUGAUAAAAUCGAGAAAAAGGAGGAAGAAAAGAGAGUUAUGGAGGAAAGAUAUAAGAAAUAUUUUGAUAAAGCUAGAUCUGUGAUAAACUCAUUGGAAGCCAAAUCAAAGUCUGGAAAUAAUUACCAGGAUGUUCAGGCCUUAAAACAACAAAUACAAGAGAAGGACAAACUUAUAGAACAACUUCAGAAAGACCAGGAGAAGAGUAAAAACACAUUUGAACAGGAGGAGAAAAUGAUGGUCUCUGCCUGGUAUAAUCUGGGUAUACAGCUUCAUCGUCAGGCUGCCAUUGACAGACUAGAGAACUCGCAACCUGGUCAGGCAUUUCUAUCACGGCAACGUCAGGCUCAUCUACGCGGGCAGCCUCGUAUACCAAAUUCUCAUAGCAACCCAUCAAGUGAUUUUCUAGAUUACUAACAUAGAAUGGCUUUCUAACACCUGCUGAAUACAGCUACACUGUACAGCUACUCUGUACUACAUGCAUGGAAUGGUAUUCUAACAUCUGCUGAAUACCGCUACAGUAGCUACACUGUACUACAUGCAUGGAAUGGUAUUCUAACAUCUGCUGAAUACAGCUACAGUAGCUACACUGUACUACAUGCAUGGAAUGGUAUUCUAACACCUACUGAAUACAGCUACACUGUACUACAUGCAUGGAAUGGUGUUCUAACACCUACUGAAUACAGGUACACUGUACUACAUGCAUGGAAUGGUGUUCUUAACCUGUUUGCACUGAAAUAGUAGUUUUAUCUGUUCACUGGAUGUGGAAGUGGUGUGCUAAAUGUGUUUACUAGAUGUCCAAGUCAUGUAUGCUAUAUGUGUGUAUUAGAAACUGAAAUUAUGUGCUAAAUCAGUAUGUUAAGUGCUGAAGUAAUGUGCUUAACCUUUUUUCCAGUUUUUAUUACUAAUAGAGCAUUUUCACCAAACUAAAUACAUAGAUGCAUAGCAUUGUUUUCACACGACAUUUUAAAUAUUUAUAAGCAAGUUAUGGUAGGAUAGAGUUGUUGUCAUGAUAUUUGAAAGUAUGACAAUGAGAGUUAGCCUUACAAGCAUCAAAUGAGCAGUGCUGUGAGAAAACCAGCAUAGUGUGUUUGCGACCAGCAUGGAUCCAGACCAGCCUGCACAUCCACAGAGUCUGGUCAGGAUCCAUGCUGUUAGCUAACAGUUUCUCUAAUUGCAGAAGGCUUUGCAGGCAAACAGCAUGGAUCCUGACCAGACUGCGCGUAUCCAUGCUGGUCACAAACACACUUCGUUGUUUUUCUCUUGGCGCAGCUCAAAUGUUUAAUCAAACAUGAGCCAUGAUCUUGUAAAGUUUCAAUCUAUUUUGGUCCAAUAAAAAUAAGACUACAUGGAAUUAAAGCAAUUAAGGUAGGUCUGGAUUUCAGACUAGAAGGUUAAUUAAGAUGUGUCUUAGUACUUAGAGUAUUUUUCUACUCUGCUUGAACAGAAAAUGCGGUACACCUGCUUAGUUCAUUAGGGAAAGCAGAUCUAUGGAUUGAGGAGUCUUGAGUGUAUCCUCGGGCGAGGCUUAUGUUCUCCAUGGCAGUUUGAUAAAAUUUAAAAGACAAUGUGUCUAAAGUGAUAUGUCCUCUGCCUCUGAUUCAUGUAGGGAAGUUGGCAGUUACUUGUGGGAAAUGGGUUUGUAUUGUUUUAGAAUCCAGGAACACUGGUUAGGUUAACUGCCUGCUGUUACAUGACUGAAAUACUGUUGAAAAACUGCUUUUACUUAAAAACAAACAAAACAGAAUGUGCUCGAAAGCUUAGAUGCUUGUAAAUUUAGCAGUUUAUUAACCUACUUGCAUAAGAUGAGAGACUUAAA